AUGUUCGCAUUUCUCUGGGCAUUCAUGAUCACUUCUAACCUCUGCGUGCUUCUAAGCAGAUCCACGGGACCGUCCUCAUCGCAUCGUGCCAAGACUCAAAAAAAGAAAAGGUUCGCCUGCUACCGCGUCGUGCAAGAUUCGGGAGAGACGUGCCGCAAGGCGUUCGCCCGCAAGGCUGACCUGCAACGUCACGAAACCUGCGUGCACGACAAGGACAAAGUGGAGCGCAUCGACUGCACGGUCAAGAAGUGCAACCGCAAGGGCGGAAACGGGUUCCUUCGGCGCGACCACAUGACAGAGCAUCUGCGUCACUAUCACAGCAAGGACAUACCGAAAAAGCAGCGUAGAAGCGUCCCCAACGCCGAAGAGGACGACGAAAUUCCGCAGCGGCUGCGGCAGCAGCAGCCGGACCAAUAUGAAUAUUCGUAUUGACGCUUUCCCGCACACGGGCUCCACCUGCACGCUGGUUCUUCAUCACGACGGGAGUCGUAGCACCACGUCGACCUCUGACGUUUCAAGCUCCGACUGCGCAGAUUCCAACCUUGCUGACACUUUCUUACGGUCCAAUUCUAGCUCUUUGUUGCAACAGUCGUUCUAUCCUGACUAUCAUUGAGGGCGUUUGCUGGUUUCCUUGUAGUACAAAACACAAUAAUCUUCCCUUCCCCCUGUUCUUCACGUGGAUGCUGCGGAUUUUAUGUAUAUAGAAGUAGUGUGUCCUUGGCUUAGUACUUUUCGCCUCAUUCGAACCUGAUUCAGAAUGCCUUGGUAGAGGGAAGCGGAGCGCAUGCGAUGUUGACGAUUUGUGUGGCUCACAGAGUGGAGGAACUCACAUCCCUUUCUCGGAUAUUCAGG